UAUGGUAAAGGAUUAACUUUCUUCAGUUUUGAAGAAAAACUGCAAAAAAGGAACUUCUCGCUGAAUUGGUGUAUUGCCCUCAUUUUCACUAACCAUGAGCAGAACAUAAUAGUUGCUCUGGCCACCACAUCAUCAGCUUUCCUCAUCCUCACCAAAUGUCUCCCUUCUCACCUCUCAAGUAAACCACAAGAAACCAGGACCGGAAGCCAUGGCUCGUGGUGCUCUACUGCUUCUUGUCUCCCUUUUCGUCGGUGCGCCGGCGGCGGCGAAAGAGGAGAUCAGAUUGCCAUCCCCGUCUACAGCGCACAAGGGCUCCUUCGAGCCAGAGGCGUACCGGGUGAAGUGGUACCUGAGGCCACCUUCUCCCCGCCGGAGCUCCGUCAAGCCGGAGGCGAAGUGGGACCCUCCUGCCUCGGCGGGUGCGGGGGAGCCGGCACGUGGCAUCCAUGUCGAGCCCGGGAUGCUCUUCCUGCGGAAGAGCUUGUUUCCGGGGGCGAUCCUGCCGGAAGGCACCAGGCUCGCCGGCCACGGCUUCCCGGCUCCCCGGAGGUUCAUCACCCGGGCGGCCGCCGACGCCGUCCCCUUCAGCUCCGACCAGCUCGACACCAUCCUGAGGAUGUUGAGGAUCCCGCGUGGGUCGAGCAAGGCCGAUCAGGUCGCCGCCACGCUCCGGACCUGCGAGGAGGCGUCCCCGGAGCCUCACGCCUGCGCCACGUCGCAGCAAGCCGCGGCCGCCUUCGCCGCCAGCGCGCUGGGGACCGGCGAGCCGCGCGCCGUCGUCACCGUCGUCCACGGGGAGGAGGAGGCCGCCGCCGGCGCCGGGUACGUCGUGGCGCCGAACGGGGUCGCGCGCAUCGGCGGCGGCGCAGCCGGCGUGGUGCCGUGCCACCCGAUGCCCUACCCGUACAUCGUCCACUACUGCCACCGGCCGGCCGGCGUGGAAGCGCUCCGCGUCGAGCUGACGGCGGCCGGCGCGGGCGCGACCGCGGUCGCGAUGUGCCACGCCGACACGACGAGCUGGGACGCUGGCUACUUCCGGAUGCUGAACGCGACGCGCGGGGAGGAGAUCUGCCACUUGAUGCCGCUCAACUACGUGCUCUGGCUGCCUGCUGCUGCCAAUCUCCAGGGCACAUAUAGCAGGAAGCCAGGAAGUACUCGUGAUUAAUAAAAGAUGAGAGGAUUAACUGAGCUGAGUACCAGCUUGCUUGUGAAGUUUGUGCAUGUCUUCCAUCUGAUGAUCAUCAAGAGGACAAUCUCAAGUAAAAUGUUUGUGACAAAUAAUUGUCCAACAUGAAUGACACAGAGAUGCUUCAGACAUGUGCAUAA